UGUAUAAAUUUUUUUAAUGUAGAUAAUACUUAAAAUUUAAGGAUAACACUGUUUAAUUUAAGAAAUAUACAAAUUUUAACAUGAUUUACAAGCAUUGAAUCUAGUGGUGUAAACUUUUUACAGUCACUACAUUAUUUUCUAAGCGUUGGUAGUACCUACUGAAUAAAAAGAUAAGCUUUUAACAAAGUUUUGAAAGGUGCUAUGGUUCAAGAGAUGUUUUAAGUGUGUGCACUGGAAAUUUCAUUGAUACAGAUAAUGGCACCUGUCACAUCUGCUGCAAGAACAGCGAAGAUGAGAGCAGAAAUGAAGUCGGAAAAUACAGAGAGGUGGGCUGAAUAUUUGAAAAAAGACAGAGAAAGAAAUUGGUUGAAGAGGCAAGCAGAAAAACAGAAGUGCAUUAAUGAUAAGAAGCUAUUAAACACUAAACGAGAAAAAACAAGACUUAGAGUGCAGGAAUGGAGGAAGAAGAAAAGACUAGUAACCAACAUUUGUAAGGAGCCUACAAACCUUUCAGCACUGGGUUCCUACACUUCUACCAGCACACUUCGUAAAGCUGUCCACAAGGCACGUAAGAACUUGCCAAAUAGUCCUACGAAGAAACAAGCUGUUGUUAGGCAAUUGAUGAAAGAAAGUUUUUCAACUCCAGAGGAUGAGCUUUUUAAAGCACAAAAAUUUCUAGCACCCAGGGGAAAAUUGUACAGAAAAGAAGAUUUGGAAACUGCAAGAAAUUUUUUUGAGAAUGAUGACAUUAGCUGGCAAACUUCUGGGAAAAGAGACUGCAUAACAGUGAAAAAUGAAGUCACAGGAAAGAAAGAAAAGAAGCAAAAACGUUUCCUUAUGAUGAGUGUUGUUGAAGCUCACCAAAAGUUUUCUGAACUCUACCCUGAAAUACACAUAUCUCGUUCUAAAUUCUUUGAAAUGCGCCCAAAACAUGUAAAACCCAUUAAAGAUACUCCACAUAAUGUUUGUGUAUGCAUUAAACAUUCAAAUUUCAGAUUUUUAGCUGAGGCUAUCUCUCCUUUUUGUAUUGGUUAUCAAGGAAAUUCUUUAACACCAACAUCGCUGAUUCAAAUAAUGUGUUGUAAUACACAUGAAGAACGAUGCAUGACUAAUAAAUGCUCUGUUUGCCAUUAUGAUGUAAAAAGUCUGCUGGAACCACAUUCUGACUUUUCAAGGGAGGUGAAAUGGAAUAAAUGGAUAAAAACAGAGGGUCAGUUGGUAGUUGAAAAGGUAUCUUCAAGUCUACAAAACCUUGUAACACAACUAAAUACAUAUAUCCCCAAUUUCAAGAAGCAUGUGUUUGUAAAAUGUGAGCAAGCAAGAUACUUUGAGGACAAAAAGAAUAACUUAAGGAAAGGAGAAGCUGUGAUGCAAGUAGACUUUGCUGAGAACUACAGCAUCAUUUCACAAGACGAAGUGCAGUCUGCCCACUGGCAACACUCCCAAGUGACAAUUUUUACGUGUUGCUUGUGGUUUGAGGACAUGGCAUUUUCAUAUGUGGUAGUAAGUGACGAUGUGAGCCAUUCCAAACAGUCAGCUUGGACUUUCAUAAAAACAAUAAUUUCUCACUUUCAGCAGAACCCAAAUGUGUCUUUGUGUGAUCUUAUAAUAUUUUCAGACAACUGUUCUUCCCAAUUUAAGAGCAAGUAUACAGUUUUUAACAUGUGCUUUUUGGCUGACGAUCUCAAUGUGAAGACUGUAGAGUGGAACUUCUUUGCUGCUGGUCACGGAAAGGGUGCAGUAGAUACCAUCGGAGGCCAAGUAAAAAGAAUGGUUUGGACAACUGUCAAGGCUCGACGUACUACAGUCAAUAAUGCUGGAGAAUUCUUCAAUGUAGCUCAAGCUCAGUGCAAGUCCACUGAGGUACUUUACGUAAGCAAAUAAGAAAUAGAAGAGACUUCAGUGUUUCUGAACAAUCGGUGGGAGAAAGUGAGAGGUACGACGGGUAUAAGAGAAAUUCAUUACUUCAGGAAAAUCGAUGACUUGCAUGUUGCUGCUGGGUUUACCUCAACGUCUGCCAAAAGUAAAGUUCAAGUUGCUUUCAGAGGCAAAGCAGCGAUGACAAAUCAGAAGUGUAGGUGGAGUGAUGUGUAUUCUUCUGAUACGGACAACAGUGUUGCAGAGUCAAAGUUUGAAGAUUUUGAGCAAUCUUGUGAAGAUAAUACUACUGAACUCUUUCAUUCCUCAAACACAGAUGACAAUCAUCGACCCAUUAACAUUGCAAAUAUUACUGCUGGUAUGUAUGUAAAAGUAUGCAUUACUGGUCAUGGAAAGUCCAAAGCUAGCCAUCAUUAUUUUGCAAUAUGUCAAAGUGCAUUGAAUGUAAAUGGUGAUCUACGUGUGCUCUUCUUGAAAAAGUGGAAAGCUAUUUGUUCCUGAUGAAGACGAUGAGAGAGAUGUACAUGUUAAUCAGGUGGUAUGUACUAUUCCGAUCCCAGACAUUAAGGAAAUAGGAAGAGUGGUGUAUAAAUUCAAAGACAAAGUUUGUUUGUGAUGUGAUGUUCUUACAGUUAAAUAUAUUAUGUCUUUAAAUUUCUGUACACUUCAAAUGCUUUAAAUGUGUAAGUAUACAUACUUGGCAUGUGUUUUCUUUAGUUGGUUAAAUUAGUAAUUUUAGUCUCUUUAUGUUUAUAACAGUUACUUAUAUUCAGUAUUUUUACUUAGAAUUUUCAAAUUGGCCUGUAAAUUUGGGAAAAUUUAGGAUAAUAAUACCAGCUGUAACAUCCGUGACAAAAUGUGUGUAACAUCCGUGACAUGAAAAAAAAGAGCUAUAAAAUAUUUACUGAAUGUGUUUUCUUUGCGUUCCUGAUAGUUAUGAAACUACCAUAGCUUUCAGACAAACAUUAUGGAUAAAAAAGUAUUCUUGUGUGAGGCAGAGACCAGAGUUUUUUGAUUUCAUUUGACAAGGCCCGAGGUGAGUUCACAAAUUUUGUAACAUCCGUGACACAGCCUUUUAUUGAUUUUUUUUGCAAAAUUUGUAAAAUAUAGUCAACAAAAUUUUUGCUGUAUGAAGAUAAAGAUAUUUUUCAUGGAGUCCAGUAAUAAAAAAAUGCAAAAUAAAUUAUAUUUUGAACAUAUUGAAUUUAAAAUUAGUACUAAUGUAACAUCCGUGACAACCGGAAUGGCUGUUAUUGUAUUUAUUUUUUCAAAUUUAAUUUCUUUACCAUACACCUUAAAAACAUGAAGGGAAUAUAAACGAACGAAUAUUUGAGAGUGAUCAAUUAGCCCCACGUAAAACAAAAUUCUAAACUUCUAAUAGUUCCGAGACCAAGCAACAGAUGCCGCUAGUUUCAUAAUAGAACGGCGAAAUGGUCCUUUCAUGUCGUGAUACAAAAACUACAUGCACAGAGUUGCAUUUAUUAUUUUGUCGUAAGAUCUUAAAGAACAAACAUCGAAAACUACAUCAGUGUCAUGUAUUCACAGAAAAUACUUCCCUCACAAAUUUUAAAUCAUUAUCACAUGUGAUAAGUUAAAGAUGUUUAGUUAAAUCUUCUAAUACUUCCAUCCACGAAUUCACUCACUAGCUCUCACACGAGAAAUGGCGUCUUAGCUUUGAAUAAAAGAAGUGAUAAUUUUACUUCUUAUUUUUAUCAAAAAAGUCCCAUGGCCCAUGGCCCUGCCCUACAUAUAAACUAUAUAUUCGUAAGUUUAGAAUGAAUGUGCUUUAACUUACGUGUCUAUAAUUAGACCAAUUGUAUUUUUUUUAAAUUAGGGGGUUAUUUGCAUUGAUACAUUAUUGCCCUUUGUGGUUUUAGGAGAAAUUAUUUUAUGAAGUUGAAAAUUAAUAUUUUUUUUGUCUCUGUAUACAGCAUUGAAGUGGGUGUUGUGUAUAAAUAUUACUUUUUACGACUGAUUUAGCAUAUUUUAUGACACGAUGCCUAAAAAAUUCGGUCAAAUAUAUGACUUCACUUGGACCUGUGGAUCUAUUUUCCUGUCUGGGUCAUUAUUUUAUAUUUAUUUAAACUCGUAGUCCUUUUGAUUGGAUUAACUCAUGGAAAAAUUAUAUGUAUGUAUUGCAAACUUUUUCGAAUAAUUAGCUGCAUUAGUUUGUACUUAUAAAAAAAAUUAAAUUGGUUACAGAUAUGUAACUUAGUAACUUUUAAAAUGUCGUGAAUUUUAUGACAAAUAUGACAAUGCUAGUGGCUUUGAUAGGGUGCUAUUUAAUUCAGAAAAUAAUUGUUUUAAAGAUAUUCAAACUAUGUCUUGAAAUAUUGUGUUUUUCACCUUAGCAUAGGCUUAUUGUUAACGCCGGCUAUCGAAGACUGUAACGCCUGUCGCUGUGCCUGUGGCCCCCCCCCCCCCCUUUUUUUCCCCUUCCACACACACACGCACACACGCACAUACACACACACACACAGGACAUCCGCUCCUGCCCUCAAGGUCACGCCUCGGGCAUGACAGUGACGUCACGCAUCUUCUCCUACAGAGUAGAGUCAUCUCGAAGGUGUGGAAAUUGUUGUAGAAGCGUCUGGAAUGUGUCAGGUCAAGACCUGUAGUGUCGGUGAACAUUUCAGACAGCUCAACCCGAGACCUGUGUAAGCUACGAUUGUGGCGCGCUUCCACAGUUCUUAUAUUCAGUUUCAAGCGAGAAAUUUACUCAAGUUAAUGCACCGAGUAAGAAGAGUGGAGAGCAGUGAGUGUAACUGUAAAUGUUUUCGUAUCUCUAUGACUGUAAGAUCGGCAUAAAAUAUGCUAGAGAAAAAUUCAUACAAAAAUUAUUCUUUAAUAUCUAGAAAGUUCCUAGAAAGGGUACCGAGUGACGCCACUUCCAAAAAAAACUUUCAAAUUGUUUUUCGAUCUUGGAUGAUUCAAUAUUGAGUUUUAAAGAUUUAAUAUUUUAUGGGUCUUGAUACUUUAAAAAAAAAAUUGUGUCUUGAAAUAUUUUCAAAACAAAUUUAUUUAUUAAAGGCAAAAUACAUUAGAAGAAUAAUUUGGAUAGUUUCAACAAAGCAUAGAUGAAAUAUUCAAAUAAAAUCCCUCCAUUCAUGGUAAUGUGAACUAGUUUCAGAAGGACUAUGUACAUGAAAGUUACUGUUUAUGCUCAAAGUAAUUUUCUGUGUAAGAUAUAGCCGUUUGUCUCUAAAACGUGAGUUAUAAGUUGCUUCAUCAAGUCUACAUCUGUAUGUACAUAUUUCCACGUCUAUUGAAAUUCACUUGAUUAAUUUUAGAAAUUUUCUUACGUGCGACGUUAGCAACACAUUUCUGGGAACCUUUUUCAACUGUUAACAACCAUUCCUAAUCCGGAGGCAAAAAAAGUUUACUCUAAAAAAGGUAAUAUGGGUUAAGUAAUUUUGCCUGGAAGACACUCAGGCUAAAAUUUGUUUAAUUUUUCUUAUGUGAGCUUGGAUACUGGUUGUUUCUAGAGAAUGACAUUUUGUGACUAGAGACAGCGAAGUUGAUAUAACACAUUCCGACGUCGGUUAAAUUAGCUAAUUUUUAACGUUACUUGUUAAUUGAAGUCGCGAAUUCUCUAACAUUUUAGACUUUGUUAUCAAUAAAAUAAAACAAAACUGGCAGAUGGCAACAAACUUUUAUAUUACUUUUUACCCGCUGAUCUGUUUUUCUGUACACACAAGUUUUGUUUUCGUAUACAAUCCACUGAGUGGAUUACAGAAAAAUAUGAAUUUUUUAUUUUAUUUAAAAGAAAUCAUAACAGAGUAAAUGAUUUGGUUUGAAAUAACCAACUUUAUGUUUCACAAUGUUCCAUAAAAAACUUAUUAUGUCGGUGUAACCUAUAUUGCCUUUAUACUACCUUCGUUUUAGCAGCUAUUACGUCAGUAUGUUAGUAAUUAUGGUAGAAAUGAUUUUUAUGUUUUUUUAUUUAUAAACGUAUGUAUAUAUAUAUAAGGUAUUAAAGGUAAAUGUUGUGUUUACGUACAUACACACGAAUAUCCAGGGUGGUAUAGAACUUGGUUGGAAAAAUAAAUUUAUACCAAAAUCAUCAAAA